AUGGUAAGCAAUUCAUCAUCUUUCCCAGGCAGCAGUAGGACAAGUUAUAGAAUGAAUUCAAUGAUGAGCAGUUCAUCAUUUAGUGUGUCUAGCUCAAACUCUUCAGCAAGUAAAUUUGACGACUACAUGGUGCUGCCAGGUAGGCAAAAUAUUAAACUUUCACAUCGUUUGCAAAAAUGUCAGGUAUGUGGCAAGGGAUUCAGUAGGUUGAGUGACCUCACAUCACAUAGCUUUUUGACCCAUCACUCCAACAACCAAAGGUCAUCCUGUUACCCACAGCUAGAAGAAAACACUGGUCAAGUUUCAGCAUUUCAUCUGAAAAAUAAAUGUGGAAGAGGAAGGCCUAAGAAAAAUAAUUUUCAAAUUUUUCCUUCUGAAAACUAUGACAUCCAAAAUAAAGUACCAGCAAGUUUAAGAAACAGACGAGGAGGAAUGCAUCUUCAAACUGGUCACAGAAGGAAACCAAAUGAAACCGAAACUAAAGGUUCUGCAUAUUGUGAUGAAAAGGCUGUAAAGAUACCAAGAUCUCGUAGAGGGAGGCCAAGAAAUAUAGCAGCCCUUCUACCUCGGAGAGAGCCUACUGAUAAUGAAAAAGCAUGUCUCAUAUGCAAACGAUUGUUCCCAACAACAAGUUGUCUUCAGGCCCACGUUCGAGUUCACACAGGGGAGAAGCCAUUCAAAUGUUCACGUUGUAAGAAAUCCUUCAGCCAGAAGGGGAAUCUCAAGAUCCACAUGUGGAUUCACACCAAGGAACGACCAUACCAGUGCUCUACAUGUAACAGUAGCUUUAACCAGCUCAAUCUUCUCCAUUACCACAGGAUGAAAAAACAUGACUUUGAACCCGAAAACAAGUGA